AUGUCGCUGUUGAAAUCUUUCGGUCAGGCGCUGCAGCGCUCGGUCGAGGUGGCUCGAGACGAGACUGCCAAGAUGAUGAGGAUGGAAAUUUCGCCUACCUCCAAGAACCAGGGAGCUCUGCUUCUCUAUGCGAUGACCCAGCCCGCGCAUCUCUCCAACUUUGCCACCGGGUCCGACUCGGACAUCGGCGGACUUUCGCAGUGCCGGCUCGGGCUUGAUGACUCAUCGCGUGGACGCUUUUACGGUACAUUGUCUUCGCAAGUUCCAAGGGGAGGCAAGAUAGAGAAGAGCGGCUAUGCGGGCUUCCGCAAUCGCAACCGACCAACAUUGUUCGGCAAUCAAUGCUGGGACACGACGGUCCACCCCUUCCUCGCUCUUCGCGUGAGGAACAGGCUGGCAAAGAAGCCUCUUACCAAUACGGAAAGAGCAGAAGCGGGAGGUGGACUUCGAGCAGCUUUGCAUGCUAGCGAUCCGUCUGGCCCAGCUGCGAGCCGUGCUGUUCACGCGCUCGGUCUGGGAAGGAAAGAGCUCCCAGGACCCAAGUUUUUCGUCAACGUUCAGACUGACGGCCCCGUGACCAGUGACCUGUUCCAACAUCGCCUGUACCUCGAUGAGAGCAAAGGAUCCGACUGGCAGACAGUGGUGAUUCCUUUCGACGACUUUGUUCUCACCAACACGGGUCAAAUUUCGAGCUCGCAAGUCUCGAUGAUGCGCGAAAAGAUCCGUACCAUCGGCAUCUCAGCUGUGCUUGACGUCCCAGUGCCUCCAUCGGCAUCCAAGCCGAUCAGCAAGGACGCACCACCGUCGGCACUGUCCAAAGGUCCGCGCAAGAUGAACACGGACGAGCAAGAAGAUGAUUGGGCGGUGGACGGUGAACUGCGCGGCGAGGGGGGUGACGGUGUAGCGGUGAGGGGAAGCAAGCGCGGUUCUACGUUCAACUUUGACCUGGGCUUGGAGAGUGUCUAUGCGGUAGGAGAGCUGGAUGAGCUGGAUGGAUUGUUUCAGAAGUAG